AGACCCGCGGGGCGGUGCUUCUGCGGGAUUGGAGGGAGUGCUUCCGGUCCGGAGAGCUAGACUCUUCCUGCUUCCGGUGCACCGGGCUCCUCAGAAGCGGAAGGCGCUGAGGCCGGCGGCCUCCUCCCGCGCCCUUUCCCUCUCAGCCGCUGACAGGAGCUGCCCGCUGCCUCCCCGCUUCCGGGCACAGGAUGCCUGUUUAUGAGGCUGCCUCCAUUAGCCGCCGGCCGCUCUCUUGCUAAGGCUGUGACGUCAACCGGCGGGGGAAGGGCCGUCGCCGCAGCCUCAGAAUGUUCCCGGGUGGUAGGAUGUCCCUGGCUCAUGCCUGUCUUCCCGCUGUGCUGCUCGCCCUCGUGGCCACCGCAGCGGCAGGUGAAAAGGAGUGCGAUCUGGUGGGGGUAAAAGGCGCCGAGUCCAAGAGGGAACUUGCCCUGCUGAAGAGAUUGGAGCCGCUUGUCAAUCAAAGUUUUACAGUAGAAAGCGACGAUGGAAAAGAAAAAUACUCAUACACUUUCCGGGUGUGUCGAGAAGUCAGUACCGGUGGAGACAAUUCUGGCCUGGUGCAGCUGAACAAGAAUACCCAAAAAUCCACCGUGGUGGGACGAAUCAACGAGACCCACGUUGCUAGUGGAACUGAGUGGAUUUUGCUGACCUAUAAAGGGGGGGAAAGCUACGGCAGCCACUGCGGGGGUGAGAAAAGGAAAGCCAUGGUGAUGAUCGUCUGCAACCCGAAGACACUUGCAGAGGGUUUCCACAUGAUGGUAGAGGAGCGGGAGAAGACCGAGGAAUGUUUCUACCUUUUCGAGAUGGGGAGCAGUGUGGCCUGCUCUCCUGUGGACUCACCCCUAAGCGUGGGUUACUCACACCUAAGCGUGGGUUCCAUCUUGCUGAUCACGUUUGCUUCGCUGGUCGCCGUCUACAUCGUCGGGGGUUUCCUCUACCAGCGCCUGGUGGUGGGGGCGAAAGGCAUGGAGCAGUUUCCCCAUUUUGCUUUUUGGCAAGACAUGGGCAACCUAGUGGCGGACGGCUGUGACUUCGUGUGCCGCUCGAAGCCUCGGAACGUGCCCAAUGCAUACCGCGGGGUGGGGGACGACCAGCUCAGCGAGGAACCCGAGGAGCGGGAUGACCACUUGCUGCCCAUGUGAUUUGCCUUCCUCCAUUUCCUGCCCUUGGUGUUCACAUAAGCAGGUGUUAGCCCAGCCACUUUUCUUGCCCCCUCCCCUCCCAGAUCUCUGCCUCUCACCUCUUAAGCUGCUUUGCUUUCACUAUGGCUGUCCUGUUUUCCCCCCCUUCUCCCUCCUUUAUCUGAAUGCAUCCUCUGGGGAGGCAGGGGGGCCUGUGAUGAACGGAGAGCUGUCGAGGAAGGGGAUUCACUGCAGCAAAACGCGUCUCUGGACUUCUGCUGCCUCCUGAGGCUGAGAUUUCUUCCCACUGCGGGGGAAAUCCUUGGAAGUCUCGACUACAGCAAUGGGGUUCGUCUUCUUGGAGAAACAGAGGAGGGGGCCUGAAGGCACAAGGAAGUGACCCCCGGCCGAUCGGAGUUUGGGGACAGCUGCUGGGAUUUCAGUGAUUCUGCCCGUUUUUUUCUAUAGGCCUUGUUCUACGAAACACACUGGAUUUCUAUUUUGAAUGAUUCAGCUGUCUUUUUUUUUUCCUGAUCUGCAUAGCAAUGGCAUAAGCAAAAGCUCGUUUGUACUUUUCUGGGAUCACUUCAGGGAGCUCUCCUCCAGCAUUUUCAAAAUUUCCCGGGUGGUACAGGAGCGAAACAAUGCGAAGCGUUUUCUUUCCCGCUUUCUAACCAAAGCCUAGACUUCAGGAGGUUUCUGUGGCCACUGGACAAGGAAUGCUGCUGGCAGUGGGUUAAUUUUGUCAAGUAGGCGGAACGGAAAUUGAGAGACAUUGUUUCCCGAAGGGGUUAAGAGGAGGGAGGGAGCCCCUUCCUUAAAACGUUUUGGUUUGGGCAGUAACUCCCUCGGAUCAGUCCGUUCCCUUUGAAAGCUUUAUUAGUAAGACGGGUCGUUCAGCUUUAAUUGUAAACGUGAUAGUGGCAGAGACGGAAACACGUAGUGCAGAAAUACUGUCCAACACCAACGGGGGGGUCACUUCAGUUAUGCAGGGGGAUAGAUGAUACUUAAUUGAAGGGGGAGCUGGAGCCCCCGGACCAUCAGAAGAACGCCAAAGGUUUGUUUUUUUCCGGCCGCCUACAGCUGACAUCCCUCCUAGGAAAUGUUAACUGAAGGCAUAGAACCCACCAGGAGGUGAGUUUCUACCAGUUUUGUUUACAACAGGUGAGAAAGUCCAUCUCAGCUCUGAACUCCUAGCUGAGAUGCGAAAGUCUAACCUGUGCCUGCGUUUGCUUCUGGGUGGGAUGGGACAGGCAGGGCCUUCUUGCUUUGGGGGGUGGCUCCUUUUGCUGCCGGCUACAGGAAGAAGGUGUCGGCUUCCUGGAGGGAAGUCGGGCUGCAUCUCGGUUGCCGCCGGAGCCAGGAUGAUGCCGUCCACAUCCAAGUCUCACUAGCAGCACCAGCUUCCUUGGGCACGGACGUCACCCCCUGCUCCUCCAGCCGCUGUUCCACCGGCCGGGCAAGGACGACGACGGACCUGCUGCCCUUGAGUGACUAAAAGCAGAAGGGCGGGGAGAGAAGACCCAGCGGCCUCGAUGGUCAAGCGUCUCAGCUUCAGGAAUAAUCAUAAGUCACUGUGCAGUGGUCACUUUUUUAUGGUGGUGUUUGGAAAACUUUGUACAAAAACUUUCAAUAAAAAAUGGCUGGCAAGCCCUGAA